AUGGCUCCCCCACCUCCGGCGAGCAUGCCUCUCCCACAGCGCCUGGCUGCUGUCGCCCAGACUCUGCAAUUUGCCUGGUUUGUUGGACAUCUUACGCUGAUCCUCUCCGUCCUGCGGUACUCGCUAUCAUGGAUCCGCAUGAAUUAUUACACCCGGAUGGCCCAGUUCUCCUACCGCCUCGCCUUUGUCGCCGCCAUGCUCACCUAUGGCAUCGUCGUCUACAAGACCCUGCGCGCUCGCGCAAAGGCUGGCAUGAAGCUCUCACCCCAGGUUGCUGUCUCCCUGAUCGCUGACGAGAACGUCCAAUAUUUCCUUCUGGCGCUUGUGUGGCUUUUCGCCCCUCAGUACCCAAUCGCCCUGCUGCCCUACAGCGUCUACUCCAUUUUCCACUUUGCAACCUACACGCGCUCCACCGUGAUCCCGACCAUCAUCCCGCCCACUCAGGCUGCACCUGCCGCUGGUGCCUCUCCCAGCGCGAAGCCUCAGUACAACACCCACCCCAUCGCCGAUGCCAUUGGCUCCUUCGUCAAGGAGUACUACGACACGUCCAUGUCCAUUGUCUCUGGCCUGGAGAUUGCGCUGUGGGGCCGCCUCCUGCUCAGCGCCAUCCUGUUCCAGCGUAGAAGCUGGAUCCUCCUGGUCAUCUACACAGCCUUCCUGCGGGCGCGCAUUAACAACAGCACCCACGUGCAGGGCUCGUUCGCCAGACUCGAGGCCAGAGUGGACAACCUCGUGGGAGCCCAAGGCACCCCACCAGCUGCCCGACAGGUCUGGGAUGGCGUCAAGGGAGGCGCCAGGUCAUUCCACUCGGUCACUGAUCUCAGCAAGUACACUAGCGGCGCUGCUGUUCCCAAGAAGACCUCGUAG